AUGACGAGUAUAACAAGAUUGAAGAUUCCGAUUCCGAUGAAUGCGCUAGGGCGAUUAUGUAUGCGAAGGGGAAAUCAGGUUCGCGAUGGUUAUGUGAGGAGUUUUUCGAUGGGGACGAGGAGGGAAACGGAUGGGGUUUAUAGGGAGUUGACGGCGAUGAGGACGAGGGUGCCGUUUAUUGAGGCGUGGAGGAGGGAGGAGGGGAAGAAGGCGGGGAGGGUUGUGGGGGAGGGGGAGAAGGUGGGGGAGAAGGGAAAGGUGGAUGGGGGGAAGGGAGGAGGGGGAGAAGGAGAGGGAUUGGAAAUGAAGAGUAUGAGGGAUAGUUUUCAUAGGGUGAUUUUACCAUUAGCAAGCGAUCCUUGGCUUUUGGAUAAUUAUAUUACGGCAAGUGGACAUAUAAGACUGGGAGCUAUUUUUAUGGACCUCGAUGCCCUCGCCGGAGUAAUCUCCUACAAACAUACCGGCGAACGCGUCAUGACCGUCACCGCCGCCGUCGACCGCAUCACGCUCUCUCGACCCCUCCUCGAAAUCUGCGACCUCGAGUUAUCGGGCCAAGUUACCUUUGCUACCGGACGCUCUAGCAUGGAAGUCUCGCUACAAGUAUGCAAAGUCCCUUCUGCGGGAGAGGAACAUCAACCUAGGAGGAAAGAAGAUGUUUUCAUGGAAUGUGCGUUUACCAUGGUAUCGCUCGAUCCGGUUACGAAGAAGGCGGUGAGGAUUGCGGGGGUGAGACCGGAGGGGGAUGUGGAGGAAAGUUGGUUUGAGAGGGGUAGGAAGAGUUAUGAGAAGAAGAAGAGGGAGUUGGGACGCGGGUUGAGGAGUAUGGAGCCGGAUGAUGAGGAGAGCGAUUUGAUUCAUAGAUUGUGGUUGAAGACGUUGGAUUAUCAUGACCCCAACACCCCCUCCCUCCUCCCCAAGACCUGCACCCGCAUGUCCGCCUCCACCAUCCAAUCCGUCCAAAUCAUGCAGCCCCAAUACCGCAACCGCCACAACUUCAUGAUCUUCGGCGGUUUCCUCCUCAAAUCCACUUUCGAACUCGCUUUUACCUGCGCAUCCGCCAUUUCGCAUUCGCGUCCGAUUUUUCUCGGUCUGGAUCCGAGUACCUUUGAGAAUCCGGUACCGGUGGGAAGUGUCCUGUAUGUGAGUGCUACGCUAGCGUAUGGGGAUCGCCCGCUGGUUAGUGGGGAGGGGGAGGGGGUUGCCGAGAUCGGAAAUUCUGAUGGGAAUGAUGAGGGGAAAGGAAAAGGAAAGAAAACGAGGGUGCAAAUAAGAGUAGAUACAAAGGUUAAAAAUGUCGAACAUGGAGAAACGAAACCGACAGGACAGUUUAAUUAUACGUUUGAGGUGGAGGGGGAAGUGCAGGUUUUGCCGGAGAGUUAUAGGGAGUUUAUGGUUUAUUUGGAUGCGAGGAGGAGGAGUAGGGGGAGGGGUGGAGUGGGGGAGGGGGAGGGGGGAAAAGGGAUUGGGGGGAAGGAGAUGGGAAUUGAUGUGCUUGGGGCGGGGGGAGAUGGGGGGCUGAAGGUUUUGUGA